GUGGCGGCGUACAGUGCAGGUGGUGUAGGGGGCGGCGCUCCCCCCGCCAACACCGCCGCCCACCCCGGCUCCGCUCUGCCCACCCCUGUCUUCACACCCAUGCAGCAGCUUCCAGUGGGCAUGAGUGGGUAUGGCGGGACACCGGUGUACGUGGUGAUGCCCUCUCCAGGUGGGGCCGCCCCUCAGGGCCAGCCUGGGGGCGCCUUCCUCCAGGAGCUGCUCAAGAACAUCCCCUAUAACCCCAGCUCCGGGAGCGGCGGUGGUGGCGGCGGCGUCACCAUCUACGAGCUGCCGGACACUGCCCAUCAGCAGCGCCCCAGGGGCAUGGACUCGAUGCCAGCGUCAGCGAGCUGGUCUGAGCGGUGGUCGGCGUCCCCCGAGCACCACCGCCCCCUUCACCAGACGACCCUGGGCACGCCACCCUACGACGACCACAGCGCCGGCCGGGCACGCUGGGGGGACCGGGGCGUGGGCGUGGGGCACCUCUGGGCACCUGGUGACGAAACCUCGCCGGGGAGUCGUGGCAGCGAUGUGCUGCCCCCGGCCUGGGCAGAGCAGGAUGAGGAGAGUGUCUUGCCCGGGGCGCCCAUGUCCAAGCCUGGCCAGAGGACGUACGCCCGGGGAGGCGGGAUGAGUAAGAUGAACCCCGAGGAGGCUGCCGAGAGGGAGAGACGCAAGAAGCAAGCGGAGGAGACCCAGAGAGUCAUCAAGCUGCAGUUGGAAGAGAAGAAGAGACAGAAGGCGGUGGAGGAGGAGAGAGAGAGGAGAGAAGCGGCCCUCUGGGAGGAGCGCCUCAAGCAACAACAGGAGAAGGAAGCAAGAGAAUACCAAGAGGAGAUAAGAAAGAAACGUGAAAAGGAGGAGGCUGAGGAGAGGCGGCAGCAGCAGCUCCGCUCAGCCAUCAAGGAGGCGUCAGAGAGAGCUAGGAAGGAGAAGACGGCCACCAAGUUUGGCCACGUCCGCUCCUUGUCUUCGAGUGGGCCGCUGCCGGAGGUGCGGGAGGAGGCCGACGUCCCCCACACCCCCCGCGCUGCCACCACCCCGCGCCAGCAGCCCCGCAGACAGCUCUCCCACCAGGAGCAGACAUCCAGCGCUGCUGUCGAGGAGCUGCAGCAAGAACAGCAGCUUGCGCAGUCUCAGCUGCAUCCCCAGGAGUCAGGUCGUCAGCAGCCGCAGCAGCAGCACCCUCAACAGGAACCACAACAAACACCACAAUUAAAGGUGGGCGGUGACUACGAAGAGCUCGCCAGACUGCUUCGAGGACUGGGUCUCACUCCGGAGACGCUGGUGUCGUCUUCAGGGCGGCGGGCCCUCCUCACCCUCCUGCAGGCCGUCUCCGGGCAGCGAGAGGUGCCUGGCCAGCAGUACGACAACGACGGAGACUACAUCACUAACCGGGUCCUCACCCCAACCAAGUACCGGGGCGUCCCCUCCCGGGAGUGUGGCACCCAGUAUGACGACCCUACGUCUGACAGGACCAGCUCGCGGAGGGAGUCACGGAGACGAGCCAGCAGGAGGGGCACGACCUCGCUGCCCCGCGAGAGUGGGCACAGCAGCGACGCACGUCCGCCCUGGGGACACAACCACAGCGACAGGCCCUACAGGAAGCAGUCGGAGAAGGACCCGUUCUCCGGCAGGAGGCUGCGUCGACGGGCUGCCAGGUCGCUGAGCCGGGGGGAGCGGGACACCGCCACGGAGGACAGCGACCAACACCACCUUCACCGUCGACGGCGCAAGACUUGGGACAAGUCGCGUCAGGAGUCUCUCUCUUCCGAUAUCUCCAGGUCACCGUCACCGAGGGACAGGAGGCGUAGCACCAGGAACUCCCCGUCCAUCAAGCAGUGGCCCACCAUCAAGCCCUCCCUCACCCCGUCACUCACCCCGUCACUCACUCCGUCACACCUCCACCCGUACUCACCCGAGCCGCCCAAGGUGGCCGCCUCUCCGCCCGAGGCCAUGAAGGAGGAGGACCCUCACGACGAGGAUGACGACGAUGACGACGUGGAGAUGGUGAGGGCGCCUGUCCCACGGUCCUCCUCACCGCCCGUCCCGGCCCUCAUGAGGAAGCUGACAGGAGAGUCAUCCUUCGACGUGCCAGAGUUCGCGCCAGCCCCGAGUGGCCCCGCCCGCAGCAGCAGCCCGCCCGUCCCUGCCGCUGUCAAGAGGCUCCACAGCGCACACUCCACGCCCACGCUGCCAGAGCUGCCCGCCCACGCCUCGCGCCCACCCUCCCCUCACACCCUCACUGCUGCCGCCUGUCUCGCCCCCUCCAGCCGACCAGCAAGCUCUGGCUCAUCCACCUCGCUACACGGGCGGAUAGCAUCAGACUCGAACAAUGAUGGGGGCGUCAGCCAGCCUCCUACGCCCAGUUCCCGGCCGCUGACGCCCCGCCGCCUCCCGCCCAUGGCGCCUUCAAGAAGCGAGGAGCACCUGGUCUCUCCUCGGCCAUCCUCGGCCCAGCGCCCUACCUCCCCGCCCGUGCCAGCCGUGGCCAAGCGACUCUCGGCCGGCUCCAGAUCCGGCCACCCUGCUAUGGAACCACGUUUGGAGCGGCAGCUGACGCCCGUUGAGACUCCGGAAUCACCCAGACUCCAGCCAACAUCUUCGCCCACCGCCUCCCCGCCUUCGGCUGCUACUUCAGGAGGCGAGGGUGGAUGGCGCCCCAGGAUCAUCCAUGUGGAGGAGGCGGCAGCCGGUGUGUCGUCGCGGCCUGGGAGCGCCACCUCCGGCCAGGAUGAAGACGUCCGCACCGUGAGCGUCACCUCCUCUGGGUACGAGUCCGGCAGGAGGUCCUCGGGUGAGCCCAGGUCGCUCUCUGAGCCUCUAGUCUCCCCUGAUAAGUGGGUCAUCCUCAAGAGUCUCUCCUCUCUCCGUCAAAACUUGUGGCGGCGGCACCAGGAGCUCUCCCACCACCCGGACUCUGAUGGAUCAUGCUGACAAUUAGCCGCCGCUCCGGCGACUCUCCCUCCCCUCCCUCCCCCUGACGCUGGUGGUAGCUCAGCAUCCCAGCCUCGCUCUCAGAUCCCGUCCUUGAACGUACAGUCCGAGCUUCUUCCUGUGGUGUUUCCUUCCUUUCCCGAGGUUGACUAUAGCGAAGCGCUCCCGUCCGCUCGCGAGUAUGCUUACCCUGUUCCUCAUCAGCUUCCAGCCCAGCAGCUACCUCCUCCUCCUCCUCCUGACUUGACUCCUAAUCUUAGUUCUUCUCACGACGAACAUGGCCCCCAGUACUCUUCUCAACAGUCUCCUUGCCAAAGCGUUUCUCCGAGAGAUAAUCUUUCUAACCAAGAUAUGUGUCCAGAAGACCAUACAUCUUCCUCUCAACUAUCUUCUCACGAGAGUCCCCCUUCACAGGACUCUUCUGCUUCUCAAGAGCCUUCUCCUCAACGCUCUCUGAUUCCACAAUCUCCCAGUCAAAACUCUUCAUCUGAUGACGGUCCAUCCACAGUCUCUCCUGAACAUUCUCACCAUAUCCCGACUCCAGAAGAUGGUUCUGUUGAUUCCUCUCUCCAUUAUAGUCUCUCGCCUGCUCCUUCUUCUCCUCAACUGUCUCCUCGUCAGAUUCCUUCCCCCGAACUCUCUAAAUCCGAGAUUUUUUCCUCGCAACACGCACACUCUCAUCAUCCGUUCCUCAAAGUUCCUGCGACACAGCUUCAUCCCCAGUUGCUUUCUUCGUCCCACAUCCCACCUCUGUACCUGGAAACGCCUCAGCGUGGACCCUUUUUAACCGUCGGCCGCCCUGAGGCGUACAGUCCUCUCCCGCCUCUGGACUCCUCCUGCCCCGCCACCUGACCUCCCCCCCAACCCCCUCCCCACCCACACCAGCCCGGGAAAGUCAAGCGUUUCCUCGGCUGGUAGAGUCUCCGGAGCGGCCAAUGGCAGACAUAUUCCUGCCAGGAAAUGUGGACCCAAACACACAAACAACCUAAGACAAUAAGUGAAUGUAUUCAACCUUGCAAAUGGCUGCUACUAACUUCCAAGAUAGUUAGCUGUGGGAAGCCUCCAGGUGCGGGAGAACGUCAGGGUUCUCCCCACACUGUGAUACAUUGAGAUGAUAAAUGUUACUUUAAGGUUAAUUACCUGAAAUAUUGGUACUCUGAGAAUACCAUGUAAAAUUGACUGUAAUAUAGUAUUUUCUAAAAUAUAUAUAUGUAUGUAUAUAAUAUCUUGUAGUGACACACACACACACACACACACACACACACACACACACACACACACACACACACACACACACACACACACACACACACACACACCAAAGGCCAAAUUAGGUAAGAUUUCUUGCAUACGGCUUUUAAACAGCAGUUACUUGGUGCGUGACAUUGGCAUCAAGCGUUGAGUGAAAGUCUGGUGUGUGUACCUGGCCACAGGUACCUGAAGGUGGGUACCUGGCCGCGGGUACCUGAAGAUGGGUACCUGGCUGUGGUAUGAAGCAGCGCGUCCCCUGCAGCACCCAGCAGGUAGUUCUAACUACCGCCAGGGUCGCUGGUGUUCCCGGAGCUAACCAUCCCCGGGAUUUCAAGAACUUCGCUUAAUACUUACAUUGUGUCUGUUUUAUCAGUCACAAGAUUUAUGAACUUAAUCGUCUUAAAAUAUGUUUGUGUAGUUCGAGAUAAAUUUCUCACAAUUUAAGCGACUUUCUUAAGUCCUAAGUCUCUACCACCUCUCAAGCUCACCUGUCCACACGUUAAUGAGAGAGUAAUGAUUGACAGUUAUGACAUGUGAAUAAUUAUUGACAGUUACAACAUUUGAGUAAUGAUUGACAGUUAUGACCGCUUGUCAAGAGGGAAGCAUUAUAAGUACAUAUUUGGAUUUGCUGAGCCUGAGACAUUUUUCAUGCGGAAAAUAAAUAAAUAAUAUAAUUUCUGCCACUUUUUUAAGAGGCUGGAAACCUACUAACCAAAUAAUUAUUUUUUGAUAGUCUAUGUGGUCUAAGGGAAUGAGGUUGAGCUAAGUCAGUAACCUUUAUGAGAAUGAUAAUACCAUUAACAAGUCAGCGAGAGGUCGGUUUUGAGACAAUUUUGUCAGUGUAAACCACACACCCAUUAUUGUACAACUGUAAACCAUUGACCCACCCUCCCCCCUAGAGGGUGAGACCCCUCUUCCCCUUGAGGGUGAGACCCCCUCUCCCUUGAGGGUGAGACCCCUCUCCCCCUUGAGGGUUAGCACAUGAAGGUCUGAGAUGUGCUCCAUCAUCCUCGAGCCCAGAAUCUAUUUUUAUAUUGUACAUAAUAAAGAGGACCUGGAACAAU